GUUUAUCAUCACUGGUUGACUAGUCGACAUACAAACAUAUAUCCACGUCUGUUAUGAAGUACUCCGCAGUUUGGCGCUCGGUGGGCGCCAUGAGCUGUGGUUCCCUGGUCACCUACUUGACCAUCCGACUCUUCGAGGGCCAGAAUUCGACUUAUUCAAAUGGAGCGGAGGGAGAUGGCAGACGGGAGACAGAACCACUGGCCAACGGCUCCUGGAUGCAUCACUGGGAUCUGCACAAGCCGCAGCUGCAAAAGGUGGCAAAUGGCGAGAUGUCCUCCGCGUUGCGACACAUUAUCCUGGUGCGCCAUGGCGAGUACACAAAGACCUUGGAUGGGAGCCACCUCACAGAACUGGGCCGUCGUCAGGCGGAGCUCACAGGGCGCAGAUUGCGGGAAAUGGACUUGACCUGGGACCACGUGGUGGCCUCCACAAUGCCGCGGGCCGAGGAGACGGCCAUGAUCAUCCUGAAGCAGCUCAACCUCGAUCCCCUGAAGAUGAAGAGGUGCACUCUGCUGCCCGAGGGAACUCCGUACCCGGGGGAUCCUCCACCCAAAAGAAGCGCCCGCAGCCUGGAACAGGCUUAUCAGAGGGAUGGUCCAAGGAUCGAAGCGGCCUUUAGACGAUACUUUUUCAGAGCCAGUCCGGAACAGGAGCACGACUCGUACCUGCUAAUAGUUGGUCAUUCGAAUGUUAUCCGGUAUCUGAUCCUGCGGGCCCUGCAACUUCCUCCGGCUGCCUGGACCAGGCUCAACUUGAACCACGGCUCCAUCACCUGGCUGACUGUGUGGCCCACCGGCUAUGUGACCUUGCGCUGUCUGGGGGACUCUGGCUUCAUGCCCGUAAGCGAGUUGACUAAUCGAAGGCCGUUAUCGACUAAGUCAAGUAAUAAAUAGCUAGCAUGAUUAAA